AUGUGCAAUCAUAUCAAAGUAGAUGGUAGCCAGUGUAAAUAUAAGCCAAAUCAAGAAUGGUGCGGUUAUCAUGAUCCGGCAAAGCGUAAGGUAAGGGCUGAACGAGCAAAUAUCCAAGAGGAUUUUACUAAUAGAGGUGAAAGAGACUUGAAAGCAGAUUUAAUAUUAGAGCAGGUGCGUAAGGAAAUGCGUGACGGCUUUGAGAAAAUUCGUAAGAUGCUUUUUGAUAAGGAUGGUGUUUUCUGUUUGAAAAAUAUAUUCGUUCCACCUAUUGACGAAAAAACGACUUCAAAUGGCGAUCAUGACUUCGAUAUCUUCUUUUUCGAGGAUAUGUCUGAGCAAAUUCUGGGUGCUGUAGAGGAUGGUGUUUCUAUGUUUAAUAACCACAUACGCGAAACGAACACUACUAUAAAGGACUUGAUUAAGGAACGUUUCAAUGAUGUUAUGGUAACUAUUGUAAAGCAAAUCACCCACAUGCACGACGAAGUGAUAAAAGCUAUCAAUGUGUUAUCGUCCAAUUUAAAUGAAAUGAAUAGACAAACUAAUAAUGUAGGAAAUACAAGAAGACGUCGAUCUAGUUUAUGGACGUUCUAA